GCCAUGAGUCUGAAUUGCUCCCUGUGGCAAGACAACGGUGUGUCUGUGAAACGUUUCGCAUUUGCCAAAUUCUCCGAGGUUGCAGAGCAGUGCUUCCUCCUGUUUGCCCUGGUCCUGCUAAUGUUCUUAGCCUCACUGAUGGGCAACGCUCUCAUAGCCCUGGCCAUCCGCACCAACCCAGUCCUGCACACGCCCAUGUACUUCUUCCUGGCCAACCUGUCUCUCCUGGAGAUUGGCUACACAUCCUCGGUGGUACCUCAGAUGCUGCAGAGCCUUGUGAGCGAGGCCCCGGCCAUCUCCCGGGAGGGCUGUGCCACACAGAUGUUUUUCUUCACGUUUUUUGCCAUCAGUGAAUGCUGCCUUUUGGCCGCCAUGGCUUUCGACCGCUACAUGGCCAUAUGCUCCCCGCUCCACUAUGCAACGCGAAUGAGCCGUGGGAGGUGUGCCUGCCUGGCGAUGAUGUCCUGGGGGGUGGGCUGCACAGUAGGCUUGGGCCAGACCAAUUAUAUUUUCUCCUUGGACUUCUGCGGCCCCUGUGAGAUAGACCACUUCUUCUGCGACCUCCCCCCAAUCCUGGCGCUCGCCUGUGGGGACACCUCUCAUAACGAGGCUGCGGUCUUUGUGGUAGCCGUCUUUUGCAUCUCCAGCCCGUUUUUGCUGAUCAUUGCUUCCUACGGCAGGAUUCUUGCUUCGGUGCUGGGCAUGCCCUCGCCUGAGGGCCGCCACAAAGCCCUCUCCACCUGUUCUUCCCACCUACUCGUGGUGACCCUCUUCUAUGGCUCAGGAUCUGUCACCUACUUGAGACCCAAGGCCAGCCACUCACCAGGAGUGGACAAACUGCUGGCCCUCUUCUACACAGUGGUGACCUCCAUGCUCAACCCCGUCAUCUACAGCCUACGGAACAAAGAAGUUAAAGCUGCUCUGCGGAGAACCUUGGGGAGCAGGAAGGCUUUGACUCAGGAUAGGCACUGA